AUGUUGCCUCUAUUUACAAUCUUUUUGAUUGCUGUGGCAGUUUAUGCCAGCACACCGGAUCGUGCUUCCAACUUCCCAGUUUCCCCAGACGUCGCUGCCCAAUAUGAAUGUGGGAGCACAUGUCAAGAAAACAUACAGGCAGCUAGUGCCACGGACUUGGAAGAUUUUGACAUGCCCUUCGACUUCGACUUCUAUACAACAGCCAAAAAUUUCUCUGGCUCCAAGCCUGGUGACAUUCUGAAGCUUCAGCCAGUCGAUCCUAAGCUGGCGAAAUUUCCGGCUGGUAUCGCUGCGUACAGAUUCCAGUACACGUCAGUCGAUCUAGACAACUCCACAAUUCCUGCCACCGCGUUCAUCGCCUUCCCGUUCGUUCGUCAAAAAGACCCUUUCAAGCUGGUGGCUUAUGCCCACGGGACCUCUGGUGUUUUCCGAGGCUGCAGCCCGUCGACAUCCUCAACGUUUUACGACUACGAUACCUGGAUCCCUCUAUCACUCGCCGGUUACGCUGUUGUUGGAACAGACUAUGCAGGCCUUGGAAACAACUACAGUGCCCACAAAUACAUUUCAGCCAGGGUCAAUGCCAACGACGUCUUUUGGUCCACGAUUGCAGCCCAGAAUGCCUUCCCCCACAGCCUAUCCCGAGAAUGGGUAUCUAUCGGUCACUCUCAGGGCGGUGGUGCUUCCUGGAAGCUAUCAGAGCAUAAAUUGGUGCAGAAGAAUCAAAGUGGAUAUCUAGGGGGCGUCGCGAUUGCGCCCAAUACCCGCAUCUACGAUGCUAUCACACAGUCUGUCAACAUGGCCGCGGGUUUGUCAAGUGAAGAUCAGCAGAAGAUGGGUUCCUCUGGAUAUAUACCUUCUAUAUAUUUUGCGUUGAGGGCUGUCUAUCCCAACUACACCGCACCCUUCCUUUCUACCCUCGCUAAGAAGCGCUUUGAGUUGGGCGAACUCGCACAGCUCUGUGCAGCGGCUUUGCCUGCGGUGGUGAGCGACCUUGGAUUGGCAGAAAUCAUUACAAGUCUCGAUGAGGAUGCAUUGUCAGUUGUCAAGGAGUUUCAAGAACUGAACGCUCCAGCUCAGGGAGACAAAGCUUCGAGGCCUCUACUUGUUAUACAAGGAGCAAACGACACUACUGUGUUUCCUAGUCUGACGGUGAAGGCUUACGAGCAGGCCUGUGAGGCUGGAAAUCGCGUCCGUUUGAGCAUUUAUCCAGGGCUGGAGCAUUCACCGUUGUCCGGGGCGUCUGCACCACAGUGGCUUGAAUUUAUUGAUGGACUAUUUGAGGGUCGUGACCUGCAUAAUUGCAGUGUAGAAACUGUGAGCGCUUUCGACUUAGAGUAUGCUAGGACACCGGCAGAAGACGAAUUGUGA